AUGGGAAAAAUCCGAGUUGACCAGGGUCGGGGUCAGGGUCGAAUUUUCCCCGAUAACCAAAUUCGGGUUCGGGAUCAGGAAUGGGAUUCUCAAUAUCCGUCUCGAACCCAGCUCAGCAACGUUUCUUUGAAGGUUUUGGACCUUGAAUUGUUUAGUUCGGAUAAGUUUAUAUUGGAGGCGGAUUUGCUUGAGAAGCUUCAUUUGAAAUAUUGUAGCUUUGAGGUUUUUGAGCUGAUUGAAAAGGGGACAUUGAAGGUGUUGAAAAUUGAUGAUGUGAGUGUUAUCCAUCUUGAUAUUGGGGAUAGUACAGAGAACCUUGAGAUCAUAGAUGUCAGUAACUUCACAAUCAUGUGGCCAAAAUUUUCUCAUAUGAUCUCAAAAGCAUCAAAGUUAUAUAAGCUUUGGAUGUGGGGUGUCGUUUUUGAUGAUGAGGAUGAGGUUGUUGAUAUAGAGACAAUUUCUGUUUGCUUUCCUCAGUUGACACAUUUGUCCUUAAGCUAUGAUUUAAGAGAUGGAGUUCUUCAUUAUGGCUUGCAGGGUUUGUCUUGUUUGAUGAAUGUGGUGGUGUUAGAACUUGGAUGGACUGUAAUUAGUGAUCUUUUCUCAGUAUGGGUAGCUGCACUUCUGGAAGGUUGUCCCAAUUUGAAAAAAUUGAUCAUUUAUGGUUUUGUUUCAGAGGUCAAAACACACGAAGAGUGCCAAAUUCUUGCCAGAUUCUCUGAAUUCAUUCUUCAACUUGGAAGAAAAUAUGGGCAUGUAAAGUUUGAGUUUGAAUAUGAGUAGUGGGUUCUGUCGUACUCAUCUAAUCUCUGUCAAAGUGAAAGAAGAUACUUGCAUGCCCCAUGAGUUUCUUUUGUCCAUUUCUUCUGCCGUGAAUCACAAGAAUUCUUCAAAUGUAAAGUUAUAGAUUCUUUGGGUAUAAGAGUGAAUUUCAGUUUCCAU